UAAAAUAAAAUCAUUCAUAUAUACUGUGCAUAGACCCGAUCGAGGAGCUGGCUAGCUAGAUGCAUAUCUGGCAUGAUGAGCAGCGGCAACCCCAGCACGACGAGCAUCCACGUGACGGCCCUCGAUGGGCUGGUGAACGUGAACUCGCUUUUCACCGUCGCCGUCUUCGUGGGGCUGUCCAUCGCCUCCCCGGGGCAGCGUAGCCUCGAGAACCGGUCGGCGUGCGACGCCGGCCCCGGCGUCGCCCGUAACCUCCUCGUCUUCGAGGUCGUCUCCUUCAGCUUCUUCCUCUUCUCCAGCCUCGUCGCGCAGGGGCUCAAACUCGCCAUCAACCUCCUCAACAGCAACGACGUCGACGAGGCUUUCCGCGCCCACAUCGACGCCCGCGUCCUCCGUCUCGCCAUGCUCGCCUCCGCCGUCGGAUCCAUCAUUGGCUCCCUCUUCCUCCUCCUCUCCAUGGUUAACGUCGUCCAGAUCCGCCUCGGCUUGCUCUCCUGCGGCAGCCAUUCCACUGUCCGCGCCGUAGCCGCACUUGUCACCCUCGUCUGCACAGCCCUCGCCGUCUACAUCGCCACCAUCUUCUACGCCUUCACUCACUGACUGAACCAAGAUUAUAUUCAUCAAUUCCUGGAAGACAACCUUCGAUUGUUCAUCCUAAUCGUGUUUUUUUUUUUUUUUUUUUUUGAUUGAAUCAGUUCAAAACCGAUCCAUUAA